AACUAUUUGUGUUAAUUAGAAAAAUUAACCAUGCCACAAUUAGGAAAAAGUGCGAAAAUGCUCCAGCAUAUAAAUUAUCGAAUGCGAUGUCAACUACAAGAUGGAAGAACUUUUAUAGGAACAUUUCUAGCAUUUGAUAAACACAUGAAUUUGAUUCUUGGUGAUUGUGACGAGUUCAGAAAAAUAAAACCAAAAACCAACAAAGGAGUUGAAAAAGAAAAGGAAGAAAAGCGUGCACUAGGAUUGGUUUUACUUCGUGGUGAACAUUUAGUUUCUAUGACUGUUGAAGCACCACCAUCAAAAGAAGAUAGAAACAAAACUCCUGCUGCAAGUGCUAGUGCUGGAACUGGUGCUGGGCGAGCUGCUGGAAGAGGCAUACCUGCCCCUUCAAUGGGUGCUCCUGUUGGAUUAGCAGGGCCUGUUCGUGGGGUUGGUGGUCCAAGUCAACAAGUGAUGACACCCCAAAUGGGUGCUCCUCCUCAGCAAUAUGGAAGAGGUGGACCACCUCCUCCUGGUAUGAUGGCUGGUCCUCCACCCGGCAUGCUUCCACCAGGUCAACCGAGAUGGUAAUUAUUCUUAUUUUGUAUUUAACUGGAGUAACAUGGAUUUAAAUUAUGACUGAUUUGAGGUCCUUCAAAAUAGAUAUUGUACUUAGUUUUCAUAUUGGGUACUAGCUCAAACACAUAAAAUCAAUAGAUUAAAACUGAUAUCAGACUUUGUAAUUAAUUUUUACUUUGAUUCAAGAAAUAUAGUGAAAAGAAGUAAAA